AAAAAGGAACACCAUUCCCUAACACCAACUGUGGAUUAGGACCAGCCAGUAAAACAUGCCCACGUGGUUAUUACUGUAAAACCCACCCAACAGAUCAUUAUGCAGUAUGCUGCCAAAAUCCCUGCUCAUAUGGAAUACCACAUUCAACGUUAAGUUGUGGAAUGGUGAUUGGAUCUAACAAAUGUCCUAAUGGCUAUUCCUGUGUAGCAGGUGCUGCUGAUGAAUUUUUUGCAUGUUGUCCAACAAAACCGUCACCAUCACCGCCACCGCCACCAACUCUUCCAAUUAGAGUAAUACCAUCAUGUAAAGUAGGAGAACCUUUACCAAAUAUUUUCUGCGGACGUGGUCUGAAUCGUAGGGAUUGUCCAAAGGAUUAUUCCUGCAACAUUGAUCCAACUGAUAGAUUUGCUGUUUGUUGUCAAAAUGGACCACCAUCUUCAACUCAACUACCGCCACUUCCGAGUAAUUCUGUUUGUGAAUGGGGAACACCAUUACCUAACCUCAACUGUGGAUUAAGACCAUGCCCACGUGGUUAUUAUUGUAAAAAUAACCCAAUAGAACAAUUAAGAGCAUGCUGUCGAAAUCCCUGCUCAUAUGGAGUACCAAAUACUACGUUAAAAUGCGGAAUAGUUGUUGGAUCGAACAAAUGUACAAAUGGAUAUUCCUGUGUGCCAGGUCCUGCGGAUGAACCUCCUGUAUGUUGUCAAACGGGAAAAACAAAACCGGGCUCCUGUCCAAAACCCAAACCAGGAACGGCAGGUAUUUGUCUUCAAAGAUGCAAUGGAGAUUUUGAUUGUCGAGGAAAUAAAAAAUGCUGUUCUAACGGCUGCGGAAAUGAAUGUUCUGAUCCUGAAGUUAUUGUAGGGUCAUGCAAAGUAGGACAACCUCUACCUAACAUUAACUGUGGACGAGGUCCAAAUCGUCAGAAUUGUCCAAAGCGAUAUUCCUGCAACGUUCAUCCUACUGAUAAAUAUGCUGUUUGUUGUCGAAAUGGUAAUAGAUAUGUAGAACUAUUUUUUACGAUUAAUAUAUUAUUUAUGACAGAGACAGAUAUAUAUAUAUAUUUAUAA